AUGAAGCCGCCUUUGCACCCAUGCACUAUUGUUGUUCUCCCAAAAAAUACGAUUCAGCCUGUAAAGCUUGAAGCUAAAGAGCCUUUAGUGUUAAGGCCGCCUUUGCACCCAUGCACUAUUGUUGUUCUUCCAAAAAAUACGAUUCAGCCUGUAAAGGUUGAAGCUAAAGAGCCUUUAGUGAUAAGGCUGCCUUUGCACCCAUGCACUAUUAUUGUUCUUCCAAAAAUUACGAUUCAGCCUGUAAAGGUUGAAGCUAAAGAGCCUUUAGUGAUAAGGCCGCCUAUGCACCCAAGCAAACUUGUUGUUCUUCCAAAAAAUACGAUUCAGCCUGUAAAGGUUGAAGCUAAAGAGCCUUUAGUGAUAAGGCCGCCUUUGCAACCAUGCACUAUUGUUGUUCUUCCAAAAAAUACGAUUCAGCCUGUAAAGGUUGAAGCUAAAGAUCCUUUAGUGAUAAAGCCGCCUUUGCAACCAUGCACUAUUGUUGUUCUUCCAAAUACGAUUCAGCCUGUAAAGGUUGAAGCUAAAGAGUCUUUCGUGAUAAGGCCGCCUUUGCACCCAUGCACUAUUGUUGGUCGUCCAAAAAAUACGAUUCAGCCUGUAAAGGUUGAAGCUAAAGAGCUUUAG